AUGAAGCUUCAGGCUGCAGCACUCGGAGCCGUGUUCCUCCUCACUCUGCUCUCAUCUGAGUGCUGGGGCAGGAACGAGGAGGAGCGUUUGAUUCACCACCUGUUUCAGGAGCGAGGAUACAACAAGGAGCUGCGUCCCACGGAGCGGCAGCAGGACGCCGUGGACGUGUACCUCGCCCUCACGCUCUCCAACCUCAUCUCUCUGAAAGAAGUAGACGAGACGCUGCUGACGAACGUAUGGAUCGAUCAUUCGUGGACCGACUACCGGCUGUCGUGGAACUCCACAGAGUUCGAUGGUAUUGAGAUGCUCCGCCUCCCCCCCAGCAUGGUGUGGCUGCCGGAGAUUGUGCUGGAAAACAAUAACGAUGCCCAGUUCCAGGUGGCCUACUACAGCAACGUGCUGGUGGAUCCCGAUGGGUUCUGCUACUGGCUGCCUCCCGCCAUCUUCCGCUCCUCCUGCUCCAUCAACGUCAACUUCUUCCCCUUCGACUGGCAGAACUGCACGCUCAAAUUCACUUCUCUGACCUACAACGCCAAAGAGAUCCGGAUGCUGCUGAAGGAGGAGGCGGACGAAACCAGCAAGUGGACGGUGGAGUGGAUCAUCAUCGACCCGGCCAGCUUCACAGAAAACGGCGAGUGGGAGAUCAACCACCGGCCGGCCAAGAGGAACACGUACAAGCACAUUCCCAUGGAGAGCAACAAGCACCAGGACAUCACCUUCUACCUGGUCAUCAAACGCAAACCUCUCUUCUACAUCGUCAACAUCAUCAUCCCCUGUGUGCUCAUCUCCUUCCUGGCCUCGCUCGUCUACUACCUGCCCGCUGACAGUGGUGAGAAGAUGACCUUGUCCAUCUCUGUGCUCUUGGCUCAGUCUGUGUUUCUGCUGCUGAUUUCUCAAAGACUCCCGGAGACUUCCAUGUCUGUACCACUUAUUGUCAAGUAUUUGAUGUUCAUCAUGGUGCUGGUUACUGUGGUGGUGCUGAACUGUGUGGUCGUCCUCAACCUGCACUUCAGGACCCCGAGCACACACGUCAUGUCUGACUGGACCAAAAAGUUCUUCCUGGAGCGCCUGCCCCGGAUCCUGCGUAUGUCCCACCCUUCGGACGAGGAGCCCCACUGGGAUGGAGCGCUGCCCCGGCGCUGCAGCUCGGUGGGGUACAUCGCCGCGGCGGAGGAGUACUACAGCUUCAAGUCCCGCAGCGAGCUGAUGUUCGAGAAGCAGUCAGUGAGACACGGACUGACCACACGGACCACACACGCUGCAGUGGUGAGUCCACAGGACGACGGAGGGAUGACGGAGCAGCUGUACGCAGAGAUCAAGCCGGCCGUGGACGGAGCGAACUACAUCAUCAAACACAUGCGCAACAAGAACGACUACAACGAGGAGAAAGACAACUGGAGCGGCAUCGCUCGCACGGUGGAUCGUCUCUGCCUCUUCCUCGUCACUCCGGUGAUGACGCUCGGCACCAUCAUCAUCUUCCUCAUGGGAAUCUGCAACCACCCCCCCCACCUGCCCUUUAAGGGAGACACACACGACUACAGAGAGGAAAACCCACGGCUGCUGUAA